AAUAUUUUCAGAUAUUAUUUUGUGCUGGUGUCGCUGAUGUGGAAUGGAGUGGAGGCGCACAACAUGUAUCGCAUGUUGGUGGUGGUCUACCACCGACACGUCAGUCACUUCAUUCUCAUCUCAGCAUGCAUUGCUUGGGGCAUUCCUUUGGUGUUGCUGUCAGUCAUAUUGUCUGUGGACAAAACGGCGUUUGAUGGUUUUUACAAAAAUUGUGAUUUCAGGUAG